AAAACUCACUUUUUCCAUUGCAGGAUACAAAAAAAUAAACAGGUGACCUUUGCUGUGCGUCUGGAACUUAUGGAAUGAGCGACACAUAUUCUCAAAGCCGAGUGGUAGUGAAAAAGACAUGAUUCGGAGUGUUUUUGAAUGAUUGAACUAUGAAUUGUCUGAAGGAGAAAAAAAAUAUGUAUAGCAAUCGGAAAUGUAGAAAUGUAUAAGUAGAGAAAAGUGCCAGCAAUUACCAUUUCAUUAACGAAUCAAAGGAAAUAAAAGUGUGAAUCGACGACCUGUAAUGCGCGCUCUUUUCGUGUUUCAGAAAACGUCCGAAAAAAGCUCAAACGCCAUGCUUAACCGGCUGUGUUGACUCAUUUACAUGGAUACAGAAUUAUUUUCAAAGCCAUCUGUGACGAAGGAUUUUCAUCGGCGUGCACAGUGAUAUUCCCACGCUUGGUUACCAAGUUGACCAUAUAAUACUGGAAAAUAAUCUGUGGAAAAGAGAGAGCGAGAAAAGAUAUCAGUGUGAACUCACCUAAGGCACAGGUAUAGGUGCGCUCGGACCGAGGCUGCACCUGAGUCGGAGUGACCUUCGCGAAUAUACCAGCGGCUUCGGAUACGUGUGGCGAAGCGCCUCCAGCAACAUGAUGGUGGCCGGGGAGAAGGUGGCGGUUUUCCGCAGUAACAGCGACACCCGCAGGAACUCCCGCAGACAAAGGUUCAGGAACUUCUCGCUGAGAUGCCGCCGGAUGGCCUGGGACGAGGAAGGCGUGAGCAUCGGCGCCCCGCGGUCGUCCUCCCUCCGCCACUCCAAGACCAACGGCUCCACCCACACGUCCCUCGAGUCCCGCCCAUCCACCGGAGAGCCGCCCCCGAAGAAGUCCAACUGGGAAGUGAUCGAGCACUACAGCAAAUCCGGCCUCGUGGGCGCGUCGAGUCCCAAGAGUCCCCCCGAGGAGGAGCAGGCCAAGGAGGAGGAGGAGAGCAUCCUGCUGGAGACGGCGAAAUGGUGGGACAUGUGCGCGCUGUGUCGCCGCAUCUUCCGGUCGCACCAGUUCAAGAACAUCCACGUGGAGGUGCUCUACCAGAGGUACUUCCUGCGGAUGAACCAGUCGAACAUGACGUCGCUGCUUGGCCUGCUGAUCGUGGUGAUGCUGGUCAUGCUCUUCCUCAUCUACUUGCUCAGACUCGGGAAAUACUACACGCAGAGCAUCACCAUCGCCGUGUUCUGCGGGCUCUACUUCAUUCUCGAGAUCCUGCUGUGGCGGACGCAGCUGCUGAACGAGGUCUAUCUCAUCAUCUUCUCAUACCUCGUCCUCAUCUCCUUCUUCGGGCUGGAGGCGCUCAUGACCCUCGGCAGUGAGCCCUUGACAGCCUCCGCCGGCGUGUGGGCAACGCUUUUCUUCAUAUACAUGACCUACACGCUCCUGCCGCUGCGGGUGCUGGAGGCCACCGCCGGGGGCGUCCUCCUGUCCGUCGCUCAGAUCGGGUGCGCCGCCGCAGCCAACGCCGCGCAGCCCUUCCUCUGGAAACAGGUGAGUCCUCCUCCAGUGCGGGUUUGCAGAGGCUUCAGGGAGUUGCAUUGUGGUCUGACUUGACGGGGAUGAUAGCAUGACAUUAUUUAUUUAUUUGUUUAUUCCUUUAUUCAUUUGAGAAACAUUCCUUACAAGCACUGUGUUGAUGGUAAAGUGUAUCCAAAACAAACAGGCUGUGCAAACAGGUAAUGUCGUCGGCGAGAUCAUGAAACAUGCAAGGGAAACACGCCAUUCUUACAGCUAUUAUAAACAUGCAUCGUCCUUCCCUCCAGAAGCAAGUAUUGUAUAUCUCAAGGGACAAACACACCUGUAGAUCCCUCACUCAAAGUAAGACUUCAUAUCUGAUUCCUCUUAGCCUUGUACAACUCCCUUUUUCCGUUUCGAAUGCAGUUCAGCGGAUAUUCUGUGCGGCUGCCUUGUCCACACCGUUGGGUUCGAUAGGCGAGAAAUAACUAAUGAAUCGGAGAGGGACAGAAAUAAAAGACGAAUCGGGGAGACGUGAGAGAUAACCAAUGACUCGGAGAGGCGAGAAAUGACUAUAAAUUCAGAACGGCAAGACCUAGCUGAGAAUCUCCGAGGAUCUGGAAGGCUCGUGUGCCAGAGACCUCGAGAGGGAGCCAGGUGAAAGAAUUGAGGGGGCAAGUCACCUCUCCAGCAGACGUUACCUCCUGCCGCCCCUCGCACACGCCAUAAUCGGCUUAGCAGGUAAAAUUAAUUCAUUAAGUCUAAUUCCUUAUGCGUCUUGCGUCCCCAGCAAGGUAAAUGAGGGACUGCAGUGAGGAAGAGUUAGGGAGGAGAUAGGAGCGGGUAGGG